UGUUUCGUAUUUCCUGCCAUCUGCCUUUUCACUGUUAUCUUUUCUCUUUUAUUUGAUCCUGUACAGCUUGUUUCACCCUCUUUCCACCCCAACUCUCUCUCUCUCUCUCUCUCUCUCUCUCCCACAGUGUCACUGUAUGUCGAUUAACCAGUCAUGGCAGUGACAUGUGGAAUUUUUCAUUACCUCGCCCCAGGGGCACCAUGCUGUCUGUGCCUGUGUAUCAUGCUGCUUUUUUUCCACUCCUGCCUUCUCUCUCUCUCACACACACACACACACACUCAUUCUCUUUCUCUCGCUCUCUCUCUCUGUGGUAUUAUUCUGAGUCAGCCGCUGGAGAGCUGUGGUUUGUUGUUUGUUGUCCAGCCAGCUGUAUGGGGCAGCAGUAGUGACUGAUCUCCUCUCCAUGGCCUGUCGUCCCUCCGGCUCUGGCUCCUACACCGUGGUCAUCAUCCCCCUCAGGACCAGCCUCUGCAGCCUGGACGCACUUCGCUUCUACCUAUGGAUUAAGCGUCUGAAGGAUCUCGAGAAGGAGAAGGACGCUCUGUGCUCUGGUCUGGAGAUCCUGGAGAAGACUCGCCUCUGGUACCUCCAGCGGCUGGAGGAGAACAGGGUCAGGCAGGACCGCAUCGAGGCUAAAAGCGGGGUCGGCUGCAGCUCGGAAGGUGCAGCAGAGGCUCGUUCUUGCCUCCUCAGGUCUCGUAUCCAGCGGGUGAACGGCUCUCUGGGCUCAGUGAUGAGCGAGCCCAACGUCACCGGCAGCAACAUCCCCUCUCUGCCUGAGGCUGUGGCAGACAGCGACCUCCGGUGGCACAACACAGUACUGACGCAGGAGGUGAGUGACAAGAAUCGACAGAUCUCCAUGCUGGAGCUGGAAAAAGACGCGCUCCUCGAACAGCUUGUCGAGCUGCAGGCCCACUGACUGCACAAACACACACUGUGCUGCAAACUUACAUUUAAUGUGACACACUUGCUUCCUUCUACCAACUUGUAAAUAUAUAUUUAAAUAAAUAAAUUACAUUCAGCGAUG